AAUAUCUGAUAUCCACUCCUGAUGAAAUCUGUGGAGCAUCUAAAAAGAUCUUGGGAGAAACAAAAAGACUCAAGAGUGUGCAUCUCAAACAGCUCUUACAUUGCCAGUUGAUUUUGAUAUACAGAGUGUUUUUGGAGAUCACAUGACAUACCAGGAACAAGAGAAAAGCAACAGCGAUGGUAUGAGUACAUCAUCUCUGCGCAGAAAACUAUUCUUUAAUGCUGACACCAGUUCUGUACUUAGUCCUGUGAGGGCUGGAGUAGAAUCCCCAGACCACUUGGCGGCAGCACUGCGGUCUCCUUCCCCACACAAUCUUUUGGAAAAAGGGACACCUGAGUGGGAGCCGGCAUCGCCAGUUCAUACUCCUUCUGUCCAAUUUUCCUCUAGUCCAAUCCGUGGUCUCUUUGGUGAUGACAGAGCGUGUCGUAUGACUUCAUUCUCAGAAAGUAGGAACCUUGCAUCCCCAGAGCUGUCACCAAUUCCUCUGAAAAAAUCAGGCAAAAACAAGGCCAUUAAACUGUUUUCUACAGUGGAGAGUGAUAACACAGGACAUUCAGAUGACGAGGUAUUUGGUCGGAGUGUCAAGCAAUGUCUUCCUUUGGAGCACUGUGCAGGGUGUUCUCCAAAGCCCAGUCUUCAAAGUCCUGACAUGUCACCUAUUGCCUUCUCACGAACUGAUGGCAGCACCCUGCUGAAGACCCGAUCUGUGGCAGGUGAUGGCUCCUUAUCAUCAAGUGCCAAAACACUGCAAUGUAGUCCCAAGCAUUCACCUACUGUACCUCAGCCUUUCUCUGACUACAUCAAAAACUCUACGGCUCAGAGGAUUAAGGUCUCCAUGGAAGCAGACACAUUUCCAGGAGGUGCUCAACGUGAUCAAGGCCACAGUAUGAAAGAGAUGUCAGUGACAGAUGCUGGGGAUUUGGAUGGAGCCAGUAGCGUGGACAUGUUUCAGCAUCGCAGCACCUCAUCUAACGUGGAUGCUGGCUACCAUACAGCUAGUGGAAGUGGCAGCCUUCAGCUGACACAACAAGAGACAGGGCUCCAGGCAUCCAGUGCUGGUAAUUGUUUCUCAGAUGCCAGCAACCUGUUUGCAUCGCUUGAGUCCAAGCUGCAAUACCGUGACAGCAAGUCAGGUGUGCAGUCAUUGAACACCUCCAGCACUGGAGAUGGCUUGACACAAGACAGUGGUGUGAGUUCUGCGGCAGGGCUGGAAGGUGGUGGGCUGUAUACCAACCUGACGAGUCAGUUUAUGAGCAUCCCCUUGCGAUCUGAAACAAGUGUUGAUGGAUGCGAGCUGGAUGUUAGCAUGAGGUCAGUAGGUAAUGGUAGACCACCGCACUUUGAAUUUGAGGGUCUCAGAGAUGAACAGAGAGAUUUCAGAAAUGUCAAAUGGGACACAGAUAUUUUUAAAGGGAGUGACUGUGAAGAGGAGCCCACAGCUGAAGGGAGAAUAAAAAGACAAAAUAUAGGUGUAAAUCAUUCUGAAGAGAAAGUAAGAAGGCAAGAUGAUAUCAGAUCUGUAACAGGAGAUAAAGGUUUGCAUGACAAACAUGUCAGAUUUUUGGAACAGGUUGCAGACACUCUUCAGAAGAAAGUGCCUGAAUAUCAAGACAGUUUCCUGGUUGCUAAAUCAGGAAAUCAUAACUCCUCACAAGGCUUGACUGAUUCCACAACCAGACACAACAAUAUAGAAGACUUCUUUGGGAGAGACAGUGAUGACAAUGUGUUGGAUCGAGCAAGAAAAUAUUUGGCACUGAAUAGUGGUUUUAGUGCAGAGUCUAAGGGUUCAGACUUCCCUGAAGGGUCAAGCUAUGAGAAGGAAGUGAUAACAAAGUCUGUCAGUACUGUCCAAACGCCCACAAGACCACUUGAAUCAUCAUCCACACCAAGGAAGAGGAUGAUGGGAGACUUGGCAAGAGAUCUCUUGUCGCCAGGUGUUGGAGAACAGGGCAGUCCUACUCUGGCUAGCCAAGUAGCCAUGGAAAUUAUUCGAAGAGCAGAAGAGGAAUUGAAGCAAUGCCGAAACAUUUGCUUGCCAGAUAGUUAAGAACAGUUUGUGGAAAUUCAUAUUCUAAUGUAUAAGUGUGUAUUUGUGCUUGUCCAUGACUGUGCAAAACCGAGAAAGUGUGUUUGUGUGUGAGAGCCAUUUCCGGUAAACUCCAGUGUGUAGUUGUCCCCUUUAGUGACAAAAUAUGCAUCAGUAGUAUGCUACAUCAAAGCUGUAACAUGACAAAGCAGGGUCAACAUGUACUGGAUUUUUCAGAUUUUUAAUAGGAAGCAUUUACACACUUGUAUCUAGACUGUGGUCAUCUAGUAACCCUUGGUACAUGUUCUUGGACAGUCACAAGCAGCAGGGGAUUCCAUAUAUGCAGUGUUUUAAUUUAAUCCUAGCUCACAUCUGCUGCCAUGAAAGCAAACUAAACCUUUCUUUUGUAGCUCGUAAUCUUUACAAAUAUCUUUUUGCUCUUAAGGUUUAAGAUUUCUUUGUGAAGAAAAUCCUCCUGGUAAUUCUGAACAGUCAGUGUAAAAAGUAACACUAAAGUGAUGGGGCCAAAUCUGAAUAAGAACAUACAUUAAAAACUCUUCCUGCUGUUAACAAUUUUGAGAGUUACUUGAAUAUAGUGCACAUAUUUCAGGGAAAUAAAGUAAGAUAGAGGUAAUUUAUUUUAUCAUGCAGUAAAUAAACAUGUUUUUGUAGAAUAAUAAUCACAACAUUUUUUUUUCCUGGUGAAUUUGCUAUGUCACAUACCCAUGUAGGAAAAGAGCAGGAGGGAAAAAUAGCAUUGCCACGGGAUGCUAAGGAAUCUCUUUUGACAGUAAUUUGUCCAGAAAUAGAUUUCAGAUUGUAUAAGGUGCCUUUAAAAUUUGUGAUCAUGUGCCUGUAAAUGUGUGUUGAUAUGUAAAUAUAAUUUGUGCACAUGUACAUAAAUUUAUACAUGAGGUGAUACCCACAUUUUAGAAACCUCUUGCAUGCAUGAUAGCAGCGUGAAAAUUGCAUGCAGGUGUGUGUGCUUCAAGGAUUGUUAAUUUCUUCGACUUUGUAUUCUUUUAAAUAUGUCACAGAUGGGAUCAGAUGUAAAGAAUUUAAGUGAUUUUAGAUUUUUACCAGCUUUAGUCUGUUUAACUCUUUACAAUUAGGGGUUUCUUGCUCAUUCACAGAGUAAAUGUGGCUUUUCAUCUGUUCAUGUUUGACAGCUGUAAAGAGUUAAAAUGGACUGGAGUGUUGAGAAAAGUUCACUCUAGUGUUAAAAUUUCACUGUAUCUCUGCCAAGUUAUGGCUACCAUCAGACAUGGCAUCACAAGAUGUCAGAACAUGAACUGAUGUAAAUGAGUUUCAUGCAGUAACAGCAGUAAUUUUUGUCAGUGAUUGAAAGAACAUCGGAAUUCAAAUUGUUUUGUGGUAAUUCUCUGCAGUAUUUCUUAUUGGUGCCUUCUGGAGACAGCAUUCUGUGAUAAGUGUCAGCAUUUUUGAUAAGUGUAGUGGGAUUCAGUAGAUCCCUGUGAAAUCCUUUUUAGAACAUACUGUGACAAUAAUCUGUUGUCUUCCACUAGAAGAUAAGUGCAUGUGUUUGUUAAGUUGUGCGUGCCAUGAAAAGGGAAAUAACUGUCUUGAAUGCAAUGCUUACUAAUAAAGGUUUGUAAUCAAGA